GAUACUUUUCAAAGUUAGCUGGUCAACUCCUCCACAAAUUCCAAGCAUAUGAUUUAGUCGCAAGAGCGGUUGUCAAGCCUGAGGAGGAGGGGGGAAAAGCUGUUCACCGUCGGCGGAACGGGUCUGGGCGGGCCGACGGCAAGUUCCGUCGUGAAAUCAGCGGGGCGUCCACCGGCGAAUUGCCCGGUUGUUAACUGUAGUUUUGGAUUGUGGGACAUAUAUUGCUGGCAUAGAGUGGAACAUCCAGAAAAUUAGCUUAUGACUAAAGAUCUCAUCCAUGGGUGCGACGAGGCAAAAUAUUAAGAUUUUCACAGAAGAUGAGAUUGAAAGAAUUACUAACAACUACAACACUCUUAUUGGAAAAGGUGGUUUUGGAGAAGUCUAUAGAGGGAUCCUUGAUGGUGACUGUGAUCUAGUUGCAGUGAAGAGAUAUAUCCGUGUAGACUUAAGAAAAGAGUUUAUGAAAGAAGUAAGUAUCCAUAGUCAAAUGAGCCACAAGAACGUGGUGAAGCUUAUAGGCUAUUGUAUUGGUGAAAGUACUCUAAUGUUGGUAACAGAGUAUAUCUCCAAAGGAAACCUCGAGGUCAUACUCCACGGCAGUAACAUUUCCAUCCCUUUGGAUAUAAGAUUGGGUAUUGCUAUAGGGUGUGCAGAAGCAUUGAGCUACAUGCAUUCGAUGCAUUUAUCAGGUGACAGCCUUAUUUAUCAUGGUGAUAUUAAGCCUGCCAACAUACUUCUAGAUGACAAUCUUACAACAAAAGUAUCGGAUUUCGGACUGUCGAGGCUUCUUUCCGGUGGUGACACUCAGUUCACUACGAGUUUAAAAGGAAGUUUAGGUUACAUGGAUCCUAUAUAUUUUCAUGAGGGGUGUCUUACCCCGAGGAGUGAUGUUUAUAGUUUUGGAGUUGUUCUCUUGGAACUAAUAGCUAGAAAAAGGGUAAAACAUGGGGAUAUUAACCUCAUUCGAGCUUUCAGUAGGGAACAGUUUGAUUCAGAAAUAGCAGAUGAUGAGAACAAUUUGAAGAUUCUUAAAGAAAUGAGGAAAUUGGCAGCUGAAUGUGUGACACUGGACAUUCGUAGACGUCCUCAAAUGAAAGAUGUGGCAAAACGCCUUCGGACGCUUAAAAAAGCUCAGCUGAAGGGCGGACGUGAAAAAAGUUCUGAUUCCAUUUUGGCAACACACGCAGCAUGGCACACAAACUACAAGCAAGGCACAAGCAUGCCCAGUUUUAAGAAGAGUUUUAGCUUUCUCAAGGGAAAUGCUAGCAAUUCUAAGAUUCUAUCGGAACUCAGCAAUGUAAGAUUUUUCACAACCGAGGAUAUAAACGAUAUCACACAGAAUUACUCAUAUCUACUCGGUGGAGGUACGUCAGCUGAGGUUUAUAAAGGAACACUUGAGGACAAUACACUGGUGAUGGUGACGGUAAAUAACUUUCUUUGUGAGGACUCUAAACAGUCUUUUAUCAACGGAGGGAUGAUCCUGUCUCAAACUGUCCACAAGAACAUUAUCAAACUUUUGGGCUGUUGCUUGGAAGCCAAAACUCUGAUUUUUGUAUAUGAGUACGUUGCUAAAGGCAGUCUCUUUGACAUUUUGGGUGGCCAGGAAGAUCUCCCGCUGGAUCUACGUAUGAGAAUUGCAAUCAAGACUGCAGAAGCAUUAGAAUACCUCCAUUCAUCAGCUACUGGUAUCAUCGGACAUGGCGGUGUCGCAACAUCCACCAUACUUCUAGAUGAUAACUUCAUACCAAAGCUCACAGAUUUUUCAAGGGCAAGCAAGCUUAUCAAGAAGGAGAGUGAAGAAACUACUGCCGGUAACAAUGUAAUUAGUAGCGGCCUUCUAGAAAAACUGCUCUACAAGGAUCCAUCUUGCUAUGGUUCUGUGUUGUUGAAUCUGGAAAACGACGUGUACAAGUUUGGUGGUGUUCUCAUGGCACUCAUUAGCAGGGACAAGAAUAAUGUCGAUCAUAACGACCUUGCCGUCAAAUUCAACAGAGCUUACGAGACAGAUAAAAGUGGGAAGGCGAUGUUCGACAAGGAUGUACUAACAACUGAAGAAGAUAUCAAUGUCCUUGAAGAGAUUGGAAAGUUGGCUCUGAAGUGUACCAUCUUGAAAAUAGAUGAGAUGGUUAAGAGACCGACGAUGAAGGAAGUGGCAGCACACCUUCGUAUGCUUAGGAGAUCCUGGAAGAAGGAGGGCAGGACAGAGGCAGCUGCACAGGCAAAUGAAAUUAAGGCUACACCUGUGAUGUCAGUUGAGCCAAGGCUACCAAACCUGAUGCGCCACUUGUUCGGAUAUCGGCGAAUCUCCAUCGGUGAUCCUGUACAUUCAUGAUGUAUGUGGUGAAUGUGAAAACCACAGGGAUGUGUGGUAUUAAUUCUGUUAGCUGACCUUGCAUUCUUCUGGUAUCUGUUCUCAUGUUUUUAAUAGUACAAUGUUUAUCUGACUAUGCUUAUCUCAAAAUUGUACAAAUAAUUUGUCAGGAGCAAAAUUUGACGAUUAGAAUGGCAUGUCUGAUAUAUCUGACAA